AUGCAAGUGUUUAAACGCUCUUUUAGAAUGAUUGAAUGGGAUAAACAGAGUGCCUACAUUGAAAUUACAUUGGAAGAGACCCAAUUCGAGAGUGUUCGCAAAAUGAUUUUCAACACACUUCUCGAUAAGCAUGCAGCAUUGUUUAUUGAGCCAACAGAGAGUUUACAUUCCUACCAUUCCAACAAUAUCGAAAUCUGCCCAGGUGCAAUGACUUUUUCUGCUGAAAAAGGAUUCGAAAUCUACAUGGAAGAAGGUGGACCUAUUCAGUUAUCUCCAGAAAUGGAUUUCCAUAAUGAAAUCCUGAGGGCAGUUGGUAGAUACAUAUUAAUUGAUGAGAGGAGUGGUAAAUAUGUCUUUAAUGUGGUUAACAGUGAAGAAUUGAACAAGUACUCUUGCAUUGGAAAUAUUGAGCCAGGAACCACUUCCAUUCCAAAUACGUUUGACGGUUUCAAGGUUUAUUUUGUCAAGUUAAAUGUUAAAGAACUUAUUCCAUACGAAUCAAUCUUCCAUGAAAACAGCACGAUUUCCUAUUACCUGUCGUAUAUUCAAGAUAGACAUCCAAUGCUUUACAUUUCCCCUCAAAUAAUAUCAUCUAUCAGUGAAAGAUUGAAAGCUCUUAUCAAUAAUGACAGCUUUUCAUCCAAUGCUCUUUCCAUGUCGUUAUUUACUGCUGAAAUAUGUAGUUUAUUCAAGAAAUGCACCUUUGCACCUGAAUCAAAAAUGUUAGAGUACAUUGAGAAAUUGAAAAUAUCUCAGCAAUCAAAUGAUACAAAGGAGAGUAGAUUCAUUAGAUCUGUUACUUACAAACAAAAAAUAACCUAUGGACUUCCACAACUUAUGGAUGAUAAGAGAUUUUUCAGAAAGUUACACCCAGACAACUUUGUAAAAGUGAAAAUUAUUGAUGUAGUUCCCGCCAGUAUUGAAUGUUGUGGAAAAGAAUAUCGUCCUGUUGGUGGCUCUUUAAGUAUGCUCCGUAGUGACUAUGUCUAUUUCUUUGACACAACUGCCAUGCCAGCGUGUAGCGAAGUCGAUGAAUUAAUGCAAAUAUUUGGUACAUAUGACUCGAAUCUCAACCCCUUCAAACUUGUUUCCAGACAUGCUCUUAAUUUUACAACUACAAAAGAAACUUGUACCAUCAAUAAGUGGAAAUGUGUUAAGGAUGAAUUGGCAAUUGAUGGUUCUGAAAUGACUGAUGGAAUAGGAAAAAUUUCACAAAGUAUAGCGCAACAAAUUUCCAACCAGUUAGGGCUUGUUUCAGUGCCAACAGCCUUGCAAAUCAGAUUCUUAGGAUUCAAAGGAGUACUGUCAGUACUACCUGAUGAAGACUUGGGAGAUGGAAUGGAUGUCAUUCUUAGAGAAUCAAUGUGUAAAUUUAAUGGAAAAGAGGAGCUUAACAAGAUUGAACUGGUUAGUUGCACAACUGCUCGAAAACCAGCAUACCUAAAUAAGCAAAUUAUUUUAUUGCUUACUACUUUGGGUAUUACCAAAGAAACCUUCCUUUCUAUAUUCUUAGAUUAUUUCAAAGAUCUCUCAGAAAAAAUUACGUCUCCUAAAUACUUUUUAAAAGUUCUCAAAGAAAAUUGUAUGGAUACUUUACCAGCCAUUCAAUCUCUGAAUGAAAUGCCUGACGAUGAGUUCCUGCAAUAUCUGGCAAGAUACUUGAUUUAUGACGAAAUCAAGAAAGUACAAACAAAGGCAAUGAUCCCAAUUGAAAAAGCUGUAAUUGCUAUGAGUAUUGUUGAUGAGUAUAAACAACUGAAGGAGAAUGAAGUUAUGGUGCAACUUGGCGAUGGAAAUUAUAUAGAGGAUGGUACGCAGGUAUUUAUUUGUAGAAAUCCCUGUUUGCACCCUUCAGAUAUUCAAACCUUCACUUGUAGAGAUAACAGCUUACUGAGAAGCAAGUACAGACCAAGCAAUGCAGCAAUUAUCUUCCCAACACAAGGAUACACAUCGAUCAAGAUUUGUGAUUUUGAUGGUGAUCGAGUUUUUGUUUGUUGGGAUUCUAGAUUGAUACCUGAUCAGGUCUCUAAUUUGUCUCCCUUGACACAUGAUAAUGAGCCAAUGGAGUCUACAACUGAGCACUCAGAAGUUUUGAGCAAAAUAUUAGAGAACGGAAAAUUAUUAGGGAAAAUAAGUGAUGCUUGGGUUGCUAUAGUUGAUUCUGAAGGUGCUGACUCUGACAGAGCACUAGAAUUGGCCGACUUGUUUGUAAAAGCUGUUGAUUUCCCAAAAAAUGGAAAGCAAAUUUCACUACCAAACUGGUUUAAAGAUAUUAUUUAUCCAGAUUUUAUGGAACGUGGAUCAAUUUCUAUCAAAUCAAACUCCAUUAUUGGACGAAUCUAUGAGAAGUGCACAAGCAUUAAAUCUGGCAUUCCAUCAGAAUUUAAAGAACCAGAAUUUAUUAUCCAAGAUGAAAAGGUUAAUGAAUGGAAUAGAAGAUUUUGGCAAAUUAUUGAAUAUUUGAAACAAGUUCAUUAUUGUACAUUGUUUGAUCUGUUUGUUGGGAAUGGGAUUGAACGAAAAGAAUUCACACAUUUAAUAGAACAAUUCAGAGAAAUUGCAAGAGAGGAAAAUUGUAAACUAGCCAUUCAAAACUUACCAAUUGCCAAUAUUUUCUCAUUGACUAUUCCUUCAAGAAGAAUUACAGAAUUCAACAAGUUGGAUAUUUAUAAGAAUCUGGCCAAAUCUCUCAAUAGCUUUGUAGAGCAUAUGAAUUUGGAACAGCUUGAAAUCAUGGAAAAAAGAUUGGAGCAACUUAAGUACAAAACUAAUCAAGAAUAUAGAAUUCACAUGUUUGGUUCUUUACCAGUCCUCCUUCAUAACUCAUUUAGUUCGGAUUGUGACACCUUUUUCGAUUUCAAAGCAGAAAAAGGAGAUGAAAAUUGUCCACCUGUUUGUUCAGUACUGUCAUCUGAGUUUGGAUCCAGUGCUACUGAUUGGCAAAAAUCAGUACCAAUGUUCAGGAUAUUUGCAAAGGUCACCGAUCUUCCGUUUAUAGAAUCGAUUGAUUUUACCAAUUCCAGUAGAGGAUUGAGAAAAAAGCACCACUUGAGACUCUAUUUGAAACAAAAACCUAAAUUAAUUGUCCUCCUUAAAGUAUUGAUUGAUCUUCUCAAGAAAAUAUGCCCUCACAUCAAAACUUAUCAAUUGACAUGGAGAAUUGUGACAUUUUGCCUAGAAAAGAACUACCUUGUACAAGAAAGUCCACCAACUGAGCAGCAAGCAUUUGAUGGUGAAAUGGAGAAAGACUCUGUGUUUAUGAAGCAAAUUCUAGGUAAAUGUUUGAAUAGCGAAUUCCAACAUGAAACCGAGCUGAUUGUAUUGUUUUUGAAGCGUUUAAUAUUCAAAGAAAAUAUGGAGUUCGUGGAUAAUCUGGAUGGGAAAAUCACCGCUGUCAUUUUGACUAUUGAGCAAGUAAGCCAUGCCAGGGAUUUACUUGAUUCUUGUAUACUUAAUCUUUUCCUUCUUCACGACUUUACCAAAUUAAGCAUUGAAGAGAUGGAGGAAUCACAAGUUUAUGUACCGAGCCUUCUACGAAAAGUACUUGGAAACUCAAUGAUAGAGACGGUCCUGAAGUCUGAGCUGGAAAAGAGUUGCAAUUGUAAAAUUACCAAUCUUUUUGAAAUGAAAAAUGGUAAUUAUAUAAUUAAUGCCACUGGAGAACAUGGAAUCAGCUCAAGACUGAAGCGAAAGCUAGCUCUUUGGAAUGCAAAUUGUAAAUAUUUCAGAGCCAACAAUCAUAGAUUGUUUUUAGAGGGCUCUACUUUGGCAAUUUAUGAGGGAGAUUCUUUAGACAGUCCAAUUGAGUUCAAGCCAUAUUUAGGAAAAUGUAAUCCAAAACAUGUGCUUGAACCAAUAACCAAACACCAACCAAAAUUGAAGGUUUACAAGGAAGAAGUUCUUCCAAUGUAUGAUUUUUAUCAAAAUUUGUUAACACAAUUAGAAAAAACGUUAGCAAUUGAUUUGGACCCAAAUCAUUUUACAUACUCUAUCAAAUUUGGAACCUAUUAUUUGAUUAAUAUUGAAAAGUCAAUAUUUUCUGAGAUUAUUCCACAAGAUUCGAAACACUACAACUCUCUAAUGAAAAAGAAUCAUUUCCACAGUAUCGAGGAGGUCAAAAAAUACAAAGAAGAAAAGAAACCAGUUGAGACUUCGAAUGAUUUUGAGAAAGAAUGGCCUUUAAUUGAUUAUUUACAACCUAACAAACGUGGCUCUAGCAAAUCAAAAAGUAAAGUAGGUUGCCAGAAUGAAACUCCAGAAAUUAUAAAGAAGAAACAAGAAAAGAAGGCACCCUCAGAUUCUUUCCUAACCCUUGUAGAUUCAGAAGCCAUUGCUUUAAUAUUGAAAGAGCUUGCAGGAUGUACCAAGCAAGAAUUUACAGAAUAUAACGUAUGUGAGAUUGAAAAUGUUGAAAGGAAAAACUCAGUUGAAUACAAGGUGAAAUUGGAUGAAAAUUUGAAAUUGAAACCAGAUGGAAUAUUGAGCCGUCGUACCAGAGUAAUGGCUACAACAUUUAUUGGAAAAACAAGUGAUAUGAGAUUCUACAUUAAUCAUUCUAGAUUUCUUCCAGAAGAUCACAGUAUCAGCAGGUUGGUGAACUCCCUCAAUAGAGAUCAGUGGAUAAUCAGAAUAGAUUCACCUCAACAAUUGACCCAUCAUUCCGAGCUAUCACUUGUUAAUGUUGUCAGAAAAUUAGAAAAGCAAAUUUACACUUAUGAACAUCACAAUCAAAUGCUCGAAAUAACCAUACUUAAAGUAUCUCUCUUCACCAAGAAGCUCUCCUCUUUGAGUCAAACCCUAGAUCUCACCAGCGAACAUUACGAACUCAAAAUUGCUCUUCCAAAAACUGGCAUAUUACAUUCAUCAACACCAUGCAUGGCUCUUCUCUCAUGUGGACUUUACUUUUGGAAAAUUAUUCAACAAUCCAACAAACUCACCACUGCAGACCAAUAA